UUAAGUAUGUGCAAAUAAAAUUGAUAAGAAUGUGUGCUCCUGAUAUUGGCUCCACUUAAACAGAGAUCCCAACUGGGAGAAGACCCCAUUGACAGAACGACAGCAACAAGAACAAGAAUAAUGCCCAAUGCUCAUUAAAAUUAACAAGACACCCACAAAACUAAAAACAAUACAAAAACCAAGAACAACUGCUUCAGCAACAGCAGCAGCAGCAGCAGCAGCAGCAACUGCAACGCUAAUUAGCCAGCCACAUCCUGAAAAAACAAUUGCAGAUUUCUAGUUAAAAGCCAACGAAGUGAAACAUCAUCAUGGCGCCAUUCAAACUCAAAUUCCGCAUGGGCAGCUCGAGAAGCACUUCCCAAGAACAUGAUCCGGAUCCGCAGGUGAAUGAAGCCCUUCUAGGUGCACAACAGCAACAGGAGCAACAACAGCAACACCAACACCAACACCAACACCAGGAACAACAGCAGCAGCAACAACAACAACAACAACAGCAUCAUCAGGCAGCAGCAAGCAGCAGCUCUACUCUUGAUUCAGCAGAUUGCAGCAGUCUUGGUUCGAUGAGCAGUGAACGGAAGUUGCUGCUGCCUCCAAACAAAACAUCAUCGUCCUCCGUAUUGAAUAGCAACAGUUUGCGUUUGGGCUACAUCAAUCAGAGUCGUACACCGUGCAUCAACGAAUCGCCAACGGAUACGGAUACCGCCAACUUACCCACCACUCCACCCCCCUCGUACGAGCAUGUGCUAGAAGAGAACACUCGAUUGUCUCAGCAUCAGCGGCAGCUGUCCACGGACAGUGCCGCCACACCCAAUCAGAACAGUCGACGGAGUUCGGCAAACAGUUCUCGACAUAGUGCCGCUCAGCUAAGUGCUGCCUUGGAGCAACACUUGGGGUCCGUUGGCGGCGGAAGCAGCGGCGGUAGUAGUAUAUGCAACGAUCCCGAUUGUCACCAGAACAUCAAUCAGAAUUAUGGCAAUUGUGGCAGUGGCCAUCUGAUUGCCAGCAACAACAACAGCCUCCACAAUAACAAUAAUAACGAGGGAGAGCAUCAGCAGAUCAUUGAAGGAGUAACUGAACUCGAGCUGCACAGCGACAACGGCGACUACGAUUGCCAGGAGGUGGACAAUACUCUAAGCGUGAGCGAGUUCCUCCUGGAGACGGAAAUGGCCACGGCAACCUCGGGGAGCGACGAUAAGGGCUUUGGCGAAACAGGCGACGGACAGUGCACUGAUGCCCAGUGUACCCAAUGCGGUGGCGAGGAUGGAUGUAAUCGGAACGACAACGGGGAAAAUGAAUCGGUGGUUGACGGUGAAGAAGGAGGCGGAGCCAGCACCAGCAGCCACGCAGCACGCCAAAGUUUUUAUGAUCCACUCCUGAAUCGAGGCAACUACGGCAACUACAGUGAGACUGCCAGUACGAAAGGGGCGUCCAGCAGUGGGCAAGCCUGUCAGGAGGCCUGUUGUGCACAAGGAUCGGCAUCUGGACUCGGACGACGUCAGCAGCAGCAUCAACAACAGCAGCAACAGGCAACUUGCCACAGCAAUCUAUUGCAAUCUCCAGAGAUGAUGAGCAAUAAGACCAGCAAGGAGAUCUACAAGGACCUCGCCAAACAGUGGGGAAUCACCUGUAAAAUGUCAGAGAGUUGCCGCUGCAUGGAAUGUCAGAGUCACUAUUUUGAUUGCGAUUAUGAUGAUAACGAGCAUCAGAAAACCGAUGGCGGCCUUGGGGCUGGCACACCCAUGUUUAUUAGUGAGGUGAUGCACGGAUCCGGCUGCAACAUAUUGUAAAGAGAUUGCAUACAUAUAUUUACAUGUACUGAUCAGAUUAUAGCACCCUGUAUACAAGGGCCAUGCAUACAUACAUACAUAUUUGUAUUGUGUUAACAAAAACCGAUGUAAUUUAGCACUGAAUGUUUGCACCAAAACAAUUAUAAAAUUUGCACAGCGUAGCGUAGAAUUCGAAAUAGUUGUAAGGCGCAAAAAGAACAGAAAAGAUACCAAUGCGAUUAAGAAGCCUUUAAAAAGGCUCUAAAAAUUUAUAUGUAUGUAUAUCUUUCAAUACGAACAUAUAAAUCAAUCUACAAUUUAAAGUCUAUAUAUGUAGGUACAUUCUGAUUGUAGAGAGUAAAGUCUAGUUAUUUGGUCAGUUUUGGAGAUUGAAUUUAAGAGAACGAAUUGAUUGAUUUUGUUAUUGGUGUGUACAAGGUAAUAGCCCACCUAACAAAAGCAAAAACCAUUUUGUUUCUAAUCAAAAUCUAAUUAUCACUCUGAAGUAUGAAGAAAAGUAUACAAAUUAGUUAUGACACAAACACACACAAUGGAAUUUUCUUAAAACAUUUUUGCUCUGAAACAUUUGUAUGUAUUUUUCUACAUUUUCUUAAAAGAAGGUUACAGAAGGAAAAGGAAACGCAUGUAUAUUUGAAGAGUGGCAUUCCCGUGCCCUAGGAAAAGAAACCAAUUACUAAACUACCAUAAUCAAUUCAAUAGAAUAUUAACGUAAUAAUAAUAGUCAUAAUAGUUCGGAGAGACGUUCAGCAUUUUUGGGGGGCUAAUAGGAGAAUCGUUUUGAUUUAUCAGAACUAAGGAGUCCCUAGCUGAAGCAAAUCAAUUGUAAGUUACUCUUUAAAGAAAACAAAACAAAAGCGGGUUUCAUUCGUAAACGAAACAAAUAAACUCACAAUUAACUAAUUAUAGCAUAUUUGUCUUAGCAUAACUCGCACACAUUGAUCGAAAUCGACAUAGAAUCGAAUCGAAAGGAUAUACAAAAUAUAAUGCCUAAGUCAAGUCUGUUAGCUGUUAGAUCUUAUUAGUGAAACGAUAUUAUGCACAGAGGGUAGCCCAAAGAACUCGCAUUUGAGGGGCAAUCAAUCGUGGAAGUUGUACAAAUUGAUCAUGA